AUGGAGAGGCACAAAGAUUUUGACGAGGGGCAGAAGCCGCUGUUUCCUCGCAUAUUUGGUCAUGAAGCUGGAGGAAUUGUGGAGAGUGUAGGUGAGGGUGUGACUGAGCUCAAACCAGGAGACCAUGUUCUCCCUAUCUUCACAGGAGAAUGUAAGGAAUGCCGCCACUGUAAGUCAGCGGAGAGCAACUUGUGUGAAACUCUUCGGUUCGAUAAUGACAGAGGUCAUAUGCUCGCUGAUGGCAAGACAAGAUUCUCCAAAAAUGGACAGCCCAUUUACCACUUUCUUGGCACCUCCACAUUUAGCGAAUACACUGUUUCUCAUGCUGGCUGCGUUGCCAAGAUCAACCCUGAAGCCCCACUUGACAAAGUUUGUGUGCUUAGUUGUGGAGUAUCCACAGGUCUGGAGGAGUUCUUGAUUUGA